CGCGUCCUGUGAAUGAAUAAAAUACUCUGAUGUUUUGCGGUGAAUAGUGUAGUAAAAAGCAUAGGAACAAACAGAAUGCACAUCAAACAGGUCAUCAUUCAAGGCUUUAAGAGCUACCGGGAACAAACGGUGGUGGAACCGUUCGACAAACGGCACAAUGUAGUCGUAGGUCGAAAUGGUUCCGGCAAAAGCAACUUUUUCUACGCCAUACAGUUUGUGCUAAGUGAUGAAUUUACUCAUCUGCGCCCGGAGCAAAGGCAGGCGCUUCUACACGAAGGCACCGGUCCGCGAGCCAUGUCCGCUUAUGUGGAAAUCAUCUUUGAUAAUACGGAUAACCGCGUCCCGAUCGACAAAGAGGAAAUUUUCCUGCGCCGCGUGAUUGGUGCCAAAAAGGAUCAAUAUUUUUUGAACAAGAAAGUUGUUCCUCGCUCGGAAGUCGUUAACCUGCUCGAGUCGGCGGGAUUCUCGAACUCGAACCCAUACUAUAUUGUUAAGCAAGGAAAAAUCAAUCAAAUGGCAACUGCUCCCGACUCGCAUCGCCUCAAGCUCCUGCGGGAGGUGGCGGGUACCCGGGUGUACGACGAGCGCAAAGAAGAGUCAAUGAAUUUGCUGCGGGAAAGCGAAGGCAAGCUGGAUAAAAUUACCGAAUAUUUGCGCACGAUCGAAGACCGGCUGAAAACGCUAGAGGAAGAAAAGGAGGAAUUGUCGGAGUAUCAAAAAUGGGACAAAGCACGCCGCACGCUCGAGUAUAUCAUUCACGAAACCGAGCUGAAGGACACCCGCAAGCAGUUGGAGGACCUGGAUGUCCAACGCAAAUCAUCAGGGGAUAAACAGAAGCUGCUGACUCAGGACAUUCAGAAGGCACAAGAGCGUGUAAAGGCAGCGCAGAAGGCGCUGAAGGAUGCCAAAAAGGAUGUAGUCACGGCGAAGGAUGAAAAGUCGGUACUUGCUACUGAACACCAACAGCUGUUGCGUGAGAAGACCAAGCUGGACCUGACGAUUUCGGAUCUCUCUGACGAGGUGCAGGGAGACAAUAAGUCGAAGGAACGUGCCGAACAGGAGUUGGACCGACUGAAAAUUACCAUCGCCGAGAAGGAAAAGGAGCUCGAGCAGGUUCGUCCGCGCUACGAAGCGAUGCGUAGGAAGGAAGAAGAGUGCUCGCGUGAGCUAAAUUUGAAAGAACAAAAGCGCAAAGAGCUGUACGCGAAGCAGGGUCGUGGGUCGCAGUUUUCGUCGAAGGAGGAGCGUGACAAAUGGAUUCAAGGUGAGCUGAAAUCUUUGAACAAGCAGAUCAAGGAUAAAAUCGUACACCAAAACAAACUGCAGGAGGAUUUGAAGAAGGACAUCACAAAGCACACCGAGCUAGAGAAAAAAAUCCUCGACCACACCGAAACGUUUGAGCAGUUGCGUGUACAGAUCGAUGAGCACAACAAGCACUUUUACGAACUGAAAAAACGCAAGGAUCAUCACCAGACAAUUCGUAACGACAUCUGGAAAAAGGAGACAGCGGUUACACAGACGCUUUCUGGGUACAAAGAGGAGCUGGCGAAGGCGGAUCAAGCGCUGCGUUCGAUGGCCGGCAAGCCGAUCCUGAACGGGCGCGACUCGGUGCGCAAAGUGUUAGAAAGCUUCCAGCAGCGGGGUGGCCAGUUGGCCGAUAUUGCAAACGCCUACUAUGGGCCGGUGAUAGAAAACUUUAACUGUGAUAAGUCAAUCUACACCGCAGUAGAGGUGACGGCAGGCAACCGUCUUUUUCAUCACAUCGUCGAGUCGGACCGUGUUGGCACGCAGAUUCUGAAGGAAAUGAACAAGCAGAAGCUGCCUGGCGAGGUCACGUUCAUGCCACUUAACCGACUACAAGUAAAGAUCCACGACUACCCGGAAGAUCCGGAUUCGAUCCCGAUGAUCUCCAAGCUCAAGUACGAAGAGCAAUAUGACAAGGCGCUUCGCUACAUAUUCGGUAAAACGCUGAUCUGUCGUAAUUUGGAGCGUGCGACCGAACUGGCCAAGAGCACCGGUCUCGACUGCGUCACACUCGAGGGUGAUCAGGUGUCGUCCAAGGGUUCGCUCACUGGUGGCUACUUCAAUACGUCCCGAUCGAGACUCGAGAUGCAAAAGAAACGUUCCGAGUACCUUCAACAGAUUCAGGACAGCGAGCGUGAACUAUCUGACUAUCGCACCGAACUGAAACAGACGGAGGCGAGCAUCAACUCGAUCGUCUCGGAGAUGCAGAAAACCGAGACCAAGCAGGGCAAAUCGAAGGAUGCGUUCGAAAAGAUCCAAGCUGACAUUCGGCUGAUGAAGGACGAGCUGACGCGCAUCGAGCGCUUCCGCAGCCCGAAGGAGCGCUCGCUAGCGCAGUGCAAGGCGAACCUGGAGGCGAUGAAUAGCACCAAGGACGGGUUGGAGAACGAGCUGCACCAGGAGUUGAUGUCACAGCUUUCAGUGCAGGAUCAACACGAGGUCGACUCGCUCAACGACGAAAUUCGUCGACUGAACCAGGAAAACAAGGAAGCAUUCACUUCCCGUAUGAGCUUGGAGGUAACGAAAAAUAAACUGGAGAACCUGCUGACCAACAAUCUGUUUCGGCGCAAGGACGAACUGGUACAGGCGCUGCAGGAAAUUUCGGUCGAGGAUCGCAAGCGCCAGCUGACCAAUUGCCAUAAUGAGGUUGUGUCGGCCGAGAAACGUAUCAAAAAAGUCCUAUCGGACACGGAGGAAAUUGACCGCAAAUUGAACGAGGCCACGAAGCAGCAGAAAACACUUCAAAAAGAGCUCGAAACCUGGUUACAGAAGGAAAAGGAAGCACAGGAGCGGCUGGAGGAAGACGGUAAGCGUAUGGAAAAGUGGGCAACCAAAGAAAACUUGUUGCACCAAAAAAUUGAAGAGUGUACAGAAAAAAUUGCUGGAUUGGGAGCGCUGCCGAACGUUGACGCCAGCUACCAAAAGAUGUCCUUGAAGGCGCUGUUCCGUGAGCUUGAGAAGGCCAAUCAGCACCUGAAGAAGUACAAUCACGUGAACAAGAAGGCGCUCGAUCAGUUCCUCAGCUUCUCCGAGCAAAAGGAGAAGCUGUACACGCGCAAGGCCGAGCUAGACGUUGGCAAGGACAAAAUUUGUGAGUUGAUGCAGUUGCUGGAGGCGCGCAAGGUCGAAGCGAUCCAGUUCACAUUUCGUCAGGUGGCGGCCAACUUCACCGAGGUAUUCAAGAAGCUUGUACCACAGGGCACAGGGCACCUGAUACUGCGCACGACAACCGACCAGGAAGGCAACGACAUGGAGCGCAAUGUUGAGACUUCGGACGAGUUUACCGGCAUCGGUAUACGCGUGUCGUUCACCGGCCUGGACGCGGAGAUGCGCGAGAUGAACCAGCUGUCCGGUGGCCAAAAGUCGCUCGUUGCUCUUGCACUCAUCUUCGCCAUUCAGAAGUGCGAUCCUGCUCCGUUUUAUCUGUUUGACGAAAUCGAUCAAGCACUCGACGCGCAGCACCGCAGUGCCGUCGCCGACAUGAUCCACGAGCUAAGUGAUAAAGCUCAGUUUAUCACGACCACUUUCCGGCCAGAGCUGAUGGAGAAGGCACACAAGUUCUACGGGGUGCGCUUCCGGAACAAGGUCAGUCAUGUUGACUGCGUAUCGAAGGAGGUAGCACGUGACUUCGUCGACGACGACACUACGCACGGCUAAGCCAUACAUCUCAAUACAUCUUACAUACAUUUUAUCACUGAACAUUCUGUCGACCUCCAUCACUCCAGAUGGUGGUAUAUCUAGCCAGUUACAUCCACGUCCGGCACAUUGAAAGAAUGAUAGCUGUAGCAAAUACAUUUCUUUAUUUAUUUAA